GUUAUCACAUCAAUUAGCUUUCGUGCAGCCAUACCGGAAUCCUCAACACACUACUCCAUCGCACUACCACAACGCUUGACAAGACCAUCUCUCAAUCAUUCACACACAACCCCGGAUAUCUCUGGGUCGAUUCUACUCCGUUGCGAUUGUUACUCGUGAGGCACAAGACUAUUUCCAGGCGCCAUAUACACAAUGGGUUUCAUCGAGAAGUUGCAAGCAAAGAUUGAGCUCUACCGGCUGGAGCAGCGUUAUGCCCGUCGCAAACACCGCAGCACGUUCUCAGGGGUCACAUACGUCGAUGGGGAAUACGUCUAUGUCAACGGAUCGAACUCCUCUUCAGGGACCGUCUCCAAGCACUCAACAGGUAGCUACUGGAAGCCCCCUACGUGGGGCUUGUCCGGCGACUCGCGCUGGCGGUGACGUACUUUCGCGAUUCUUUUAAGCGCUGUCCUUUUCGUUUUGCUCGACUAUUGAUCCUCCGCAUUAUGUCCAUGUCGAGGAUGCGACGACCUGACCUUGUUCCAUUCAUGGGUGAAGAAAGUGAACGCGAAAAGUUCAUGUUAUCUUUCUCUACUUCCCUUCUUCGGUUCUCCUUAUCGGACGUCGAAUUCGGCCGCGA